AUGGAUUCCGGCAAGUUCUCCGGCGGAAGGUCCAGCUUCACCCAGACCUGUACCCUUCUGAGCCAGUACUUGAAGGAGAAGGGCAGCUUUGGGGACCUCUCCCUCGGCCUCACCCCUAAAUUUUCCGAAUCCAAAGCGACUGUGAAUUUUUUGCCCAUGAUUGAGAAUUCGGGUAGGGUCUCGGGUUCCGGCGACGUCAGCGUGGAUAAUUUGCCUCACCUCGUCGGAGAAGAAGCAGCUCUGAACAAAUCCGACGGCGGCCAGAGGCCCGAUAAGCAAACCGGACAGAUGACCAUAUUCUACGCGGGUCAGGUCUUGGUGUUCGACGAUCUACCGGCUGACAAGGCCAAGGAGAUCAUGACGCUUGCCGGCAAGUCCUUUGCUUCGCCGCAUACUGCCCACACCGCGGUAAUUUCGCCCGCCGCCGGCGCCGCUACUGCUGUCGCUCCCUUUGGGCAACCGGAGCGUGCCGUCCACGUUCCCCACCCGGCGCUUGCUAAUGAUUUACCGAUCGCGAGGAAACAUUCGUUAGCCCGGUUUUUGGAGAAGAGAAAAGAUAGGAUCACAGCAAACGCGCCGUACCAAGUGACCAAACCGGCGCAGCCGAACCCGGUGAAGACCGAGCCGUGGCUCGGCUUGGCUCCUCAGCUGCCGGUCCAAGCCCAGCCCCAUUAG